UUCAAUUAAUAAAAAUUAAAAUUUUAAUGUCACUUUUUACCCCAAUGUCUGCUUUGUCCUCACUCUCCCAUGAGGCACUGUAUAGAACUCUUAGCAUUCCACCAAUGAGAACCAGCCACGUGACCCAAAACACUGCUCAUGUGCCAAGUGCAGGCAAUGCUCAAAACUUAGUUAGUAUCGACAAAAAUUAAAUCUCGAAAAUUAGCAAAAGCACUUUAUGACUGAUCUUACGCAGAGAAACAGUGAAGGAGUUUGAGAAAGAGGAAGGAGCUUUGGAGUUUCCUCAAAUUCGGAUUUGCAGACAAUCUCCUCGUUUCUUCUUUAAUCCUCGGCUCUUCCGAAGUAGUAACCAAACAAUCAAGCUUCCAAUUCCUGUGUCAAUCUCCGGCAUAUCUAUUAAUUUCAAUCCUUCUUUUUUUUUUUUUUGGGGUUAUUUUGUGCUCUUUCUAGUCUUAUGGGCUAUGCGUCUAUAUACAGUUGUCUUGUCGUUCCUGCUAUCUCAUCUAUGAGCUGAAGAUAAAGAUCAUUCAUUUUUCUCUCGCUAGAAUAGAUAUUUUGAGUUUCUUGGUAUAGGCUUUUUGUAGAAUAGAUGGCAAAUGCAUCUGGUUUCUUUGCUCCUUCAGUUCCAAGCCUUAGGAGGAGAAUUAAACCUUCGAUAAGGAUUACUGCAUCUGGGUUUUUCUCCUCUGGGAAUAUAUCCAAGAGGGUGUUUUGCUCCAGCUCCAUUGAAGGUGCAGAGAAGCUUUCUAAUUCUCAAUGUCAAGUUCCCAGACUCAUUAGUAAAGGCUGCAAGUUACUAGGAAGUGGCUCUGCAGUACCCACCCUUCAGGUUUCAAAUGAUGAUCUUGCAAAAAUAGUUGAUACAAAUGAUGAAUGGAUAUCAGUUCAAACUGGGAUUCGAAAUCGAAGAGUGCUCACAGGCAAAGAUAGCUUGGUUUCUCUAGCUGUGGAGGCAGCUAAGAAGGCUCUUCAGAUGGCAGAGGUGGAGCCUGAUGAUGUGGACCUAAUCUUGAUGUGCACAUCUACACCAGAGAAUCUCUUUGGUAGUGCUCCUCAGAUCCAAAAGGCUCUUGGCUGCAAAACAAAUCCUUUAGCUUAUGAUAUUACUGCUGCAUGUAGUGGAUUCGUACUGGGUCUGGUGUCAGCUGCUUGUCACAUUAGGGGAGGUGCGUUUCAGAAUGUAUUGGUAAUUGGUGCUGAUUCUCUUUCUCGAUUUGUUGACUGGACGGAUAGAGGAACUUGUAUUCUCUUUGGGGAUGCUGCAGGUGCUGUGCUUGUACAGGCAUGUGACAGUGAAGAUGAUGGUUUCUUUAGUUUUGACUUGCAUAGUGAUGGUGAUGGCCAAAGACAUUUGAAUGCCAACAUCAAAGCAAAUGAAGUGGACGCAUUGGGAUCUACAGUUUCAGGCUUCCCUCCCAGGCGGCCCGCAUAUUCUUGCAUUCAGAUGAAUGGAAAAGAGGUUUUUCGUUUUGCCGUGCGGUAUGUGCCAAAAUCUAUAGAGUCUGCUCUUGAAAAGGCUGGUCUCACUGGGUCUAGCAUUGACUGGUUACUGCUCCACCAGGCAAAUCAGAGGAUCCUUGACGCAGUUGCGACACGUUUAGAAGUCCCACGAGAAAGGAUCAUAUCAAAUUUAGCAAAUUAUGGUAACACAAGUGCUGCUUCUAUUCCAUUGGCUUUGGACGAAGCUGUUCGAAGUGGGAAGGUGAAGCAAGGUCACACUAUUGCAACUGCAGGUUUUGGAGCUGGCCUAACCUGGGGUUCUGCAAUUAUUAGAUGGGGCUAAAUAUUUUCAUUUCCUACUGACUAAUCAUAAAUAUAAAAAGCGAAAAGAGAAUUUGGUGCAAUUGUACUGUUCUUGCCUCCAUUUCUACAUGUAUUCCUGGUAAUCAGAGGUAUUGCGAAUGCAAAAUGUAGGAAUACCCUUUUGUUUGCUUGAUCUUUGUGGGCGUGUUUAUUUUUGACCUCUAGUAAACUUUAUUCUUUUUAUUUGAAGUUUCAAAACUCCUUGUAUUUUGAAUUUGAUACACCAUUGUAAGCUUUAGAAAUGGCAUUUCAUUAUAUCA